UACCAGGAUUUGGCUAUAAAGCAGAGACUUCAUAAGUGACCAUGAGUUAGUACGCAUGCGCAAUAAAAAAGGGGUGGAUCUUUUGACACAUGGGGAAUUCCCAUGAACCUACAAGCUACGCCCCUCCUUGUUGAACCGAUUAUGGAACAACAUGACAAGCCUUGUUGAGCUCAGUAAUGUACUGAAGAUCUUCUACUACUGAAUUGGUUGAUCGUUGUUGCUGCUUUUAUCACUAUAACUAAUAAAACAAUUGGAUCGAUUUUUUAAAAGCAGAAUUUGAUUAAUCACGAAUAACUCCAAAGUUACUCUUGACAUUAUCUGCAUGUGUAGUUGGAACUAUCAAUCAAUUGAUAUAUACGAAAAACUUAACACUGGUUUAUUAUUGGGACAAUUUUUAGGAUCAUUAAAUUUAGGAUCAUUAAGUAUGGAAGCAUUGAGUGAGCUUGUUGAAGGAAUUAAAGAGGCUUACAGAGAGAGGCAAUUAAACACAGAGGAACAAUGGCCACCAGUUAGAGGAGACAAGCUGAUAAACUUGCAGUUAGUGGAGGCUGCAAAAGAAGAAGGAUUUAAAGCUGGCUUGCCACAACAUGGUACACCUGGUGAUACGGUCAAACGUACUCCAAUUCUCCAUGGUGACCUGUUCAAAAUUGAAGAAAGCAAGAAACCAGUCAAAAAGCUCAUCGUUGAAGGUAAUGCCGGGAUUGGUAAAACCACACUGUGUACCAUGCUUGCUGAAGGGUGGGCAGAGGGCAAGACCCUGACACAAUUCAACUGUGUUCUGUUGCUUCCACUAAGAGAUCAGUUAGUCAGCUCAGCUUCUUCUCUUCCUGACCUCCUGGCCCUUCAUCACCCCGAUGAGACCAUCUGUGAGUCUGUUGCUCAACAACUAAAGAAGACAAGAGGAAAGGGAGUUCUGAUCAUAGCUGAUGGAUGGGACGAGCUCAGUGAAGCAAAUCGUUCGAAGAGGUCUUUUUUACACAGCCUUUUGUUUGGACGUCUUCUUCCUUCAGCUUCUAUUCUUCUCACCUCACGACCUUCUGUUUCAGCUCCUCUUCACAACCUUCCUUCUGUGAACCGUGUGGUUGAGGUAGUUGGUUUUAAUGAAGAGAGUAUCAAGCAGUACAUAGAAUCAGAGUUUGAGCAAUUCCCAGAGAAAGCUUCUUCUCUUAUCGAGCAGCUUGAGAACAACCCAGUUAUUCAGAGUGUGUGUUCUGUGCCCCUCAAUUGUGCCAUUGUUUGUAACUUGUGGCACACUUUAGACCAAGAGCUUCCUCGUACGUUAACUGAGCUGUACACUCAAAUUGUUCUUAACAUUAUCCUUCGCAAUGUUAAAAAGAAGUUCCCUGAUUGUCCGAUUAGCCUAAAUAGAUUUGAUGAGAUUCCGAAUGAUAUACAAGACGUAUUCUGGUUGACCUGUGAGUUUGCCUACGAAUGCUUAUUAUUAGAUCAGCUGGUUUUCUCAAAAGCUGAAUUGUCCUCUCGCUUACCCGAAGUUGGUGACAAGUUGCAGUGCUUUGGUCUGUUGCAGUCUGCACGAUCACUUCUACCUGUCGGUCAUGGCCUGUCUUUUCACUUUGCUCACCUGACCAUCCAGGAGUUCUUGGCUGCCCUCCAUCUUGCUACUCUACCCAAUGAGGAGAAACUGAAGAUUAUUGAGGCUAAUGCUGACAGUGGUCGGUUCAACAUGGUGUGGAGGUUUAUGUUUGGUCUUGCUAGUAAGUACAAUGGUAGCCAUAGUGAUAAGGUGAUCAGUUUGGAUGAUAGUUUGAUGGAUCAAUUUUUAGUUGCUAAAUAUCGUGAUUGGCUUGUUGUAAAAAAUUGUGGUUUGUUGUCUUCAUGUCAUGCUGCUUUCGAAGCUUUAGACCCUAGAUUCUCAACCAAAGUUGGUAAAAUGUAUGGGAACGAUUUAUUGAUCUGUGAUUUCAGCACUCUCUUUGACUAUGUAGCUUGUUUCUAUGUUCUUCGUCAUGCUGAGCAGUGUUGUGUUAUGGUUAUCAGAAUAUCCGAUUGUGCAAUCGAUGAUAAACUGUUGAAGGAAAUAACUGACAUACUUUCUAAUGCAAAUGGUAAACUGCAAGUACGAGAAUUAUCCCUCAAACAGACUAAGUUGUCUGACAAAGGUGUUGCUGAUCUAUUCAAGAGAGCCUCAGCUGCCUUUACAAUUUUAGGUCAUCUCUCGUUGUCUAAGAACAACUUCACUGACAUCAUGUCGUCAUUCACCCACACAUCUUGUACGAGCCUCACACGACUGGACUUAUCCCACAAUCCUCUUGGAGUGUCUGGCCUACAGUCAUUAGAGACAGCUAUACAGUCUGGUGCUCUUAUGAAUCUGGUGUAUCUACACUUGUCCAACACCCUCACUGACGAUGCUGACGUCAAUGGAGCUCUGCUGACCACCCUCUUACAGUCAAUUGCCUCUCACUGUGCCAAACUGGUAAACUUGGAUAUCUCUGAUAAUAAUCUUAGUUUACUUGGAUUAUGUUCAGUUGUGGAGAACAUUCCAUUAGGAUUGGAUAUGAUUGACUUAUCAGUUACCCAUUUCACCACUUCAUUUCACUCAGAGUCUCAAUACACAGUCACCUGUGAGAUGCUCACAAACCUUUUAACAACAAUAUACUUGUCUGACUCCAAUUUCAGUGGAACUGCCGGAACGCUCUUACUGGCAAAGAUUCUUCAAGCAUUUCCAUCUCUAGAAGAUCUUUACUGCUGGCGUUGUUCUCUCACCUCUACCGACAUCAUAAUGCUUAUCCACCAUCUCAAGUCCGCUAAUGUGAUAUGUAUGAAUUUACACUCGUUGGAUCUCAGGAACAACUGCAUUGAUGACGAGGGAGUGAUAGCUCUCACUGAGUGUCUACCAGAGCUGUUCCCUAGUCUGGAGAGUUUCUUUUUAAAUCCUCAUUGUUAUGGUGUUGCUCUCCAUGGUAAUCCAGUGAGCGAGGAGUUGAUACCCAUGUGCAAUGAACAGUUGAAGACCAUACGGGAAUCAAGGAAUUCUGCAGUGCUGACUGAGUGGGAGAGAACAUGUUUACCUCCACAAAAUCAAACAAUGAAUCGUACUUUCCUUUCUCUUUGGGAUACGCUACUGUCGGAUAUGGCUGAUCUUGAAGUGAUAUCUAGAUCUUCAGCUGCUUACAAACCAGCGGAAUACUACUCAAUAGUUUAUGAGGUUGUGGAUACAGUGGACACUCCUAGUGAUGUCACUGAUCCAGACACUCUCAUCAAUGAACAGAGCUUCUCUCAAGCAUCACCAGUAGAGCACCACCCCACAGCUAGUGACGAGGCUACUUGUACAGCCCUGCAGUCUACACACAGAACAGACCAACAUACAACAGACACGGCUGUACUAUCUGAUGUGAUUGAAGGAGAUACCUCACAAGAUGUCGUCACUUCAUUUCCACAUACCAUUCCCUCAGGAGCUGGUGGACUCAGGACUGUGACCAUUGAGGAAUUGAAGGAGUGUACUAAAGUAACCGACUCUCAACUUGACACAGAAAUUGAAGAGACAGACAUGUUCGACCUGGCAGAUCACUUUGACAAUGUUGAGACGUACCCUGUGAUGUUGGGACUUAGCCCUGCUGAACAGAAAGAUGUUAAAUAUGCUUUGUUUCUCAAUGACAUGCAAACAGCAAUGUUUCAUACUCUAAAGGUGUGGAGACAGCAUAAUCCAGGUGCAGCUACGUACCGAGCACUAGUGGACGUCGUACUGGAUAUGAGAAUGGAAGAAUUGGCCACUUACAUUUGUCAGUCAGCAGCUAUAUAAUAGUAUAAGUGAUAUCAUGCUGUCACCAUAUUUCUAAGUCAAUUUACUUCCUUGAUUGUAUUUCAUAAAUGUGCAGUCCUGAUGUUGAUAGGGAUGAAAUUACCCCAGUGCUGCAAGAACAAUUAUAAGAGUACCGACAUG